GCAAGAUGUUCAAUGCAAGAUCCACUGUCCAACUCUGUGGACAUAGACUGGCCGGAGACUACCCGUCCUUUAUCCUGUUCAUGCAUCCCGAUUCCCCCCCGAAGGCUUUGGAAAGGAACGCUUUGAAAAUCCAGCUUGCUCUGUGUCGAGGCUGCGAAGCGUGAGCGGUGGAAUUGCCGUAGUUUUUUCUUCUGCCCAGCGUCAGUCUCUAUGUAACAAACUCUGAGAGUGCACGAAGGAAUUUUGUUGUAACAAGCAACAGACUGCAGCAGCUUUCAUUGACUUCUUUUCAGCUUCUGUUUCAGGCUAGAAUCUGAGCACGAUUGUAGUAUGUGUGUGACUAGCAUGUAGUACGUGCCCUCAUGCUCCUUGUUGGAGCAGGGACGGGUUUUCUACUACGCUACUACAAUUGCGUGCACAGUUCUGAGUGAUAUAUCUUGUGAAGCGAACGCACACUUCUACGAAUUCUAAAAGCGUCAGCAUAGCAGAACUAGCAGGCUGCAGGAUGCAUUGGAAUUACUCUACGUUGUCUCCAGUCCGACCCGUGACAAUAUCUGAGAAUGCUCAUCUGGGAAUCACCGUCACCUUCACUGUCUUAUUUGGACUUCUGUUUUUCAUCAUCUUUGUGGAGAUGCUGCUGCUGUUGUACUAUAAGCACAAGCUGUUCUCCUAUCAGAGUGUGUUCCUGUUCGUUUGUCUCAUCUGGUCUGGGUUGAGAUUGGAGCUGUUCACGUUCUACUACUCCAAGACUGACAGUGUCAUAACAUAUCUACCUACAGGUGCAUAUUUUGCACUCUUUGCCCUGCCAGUGUUAUUCCAGUAUGGCACGCUCACCUUGCUUGUCCUCUACUUCAGUCGGGUAUGGUUGAAGGUGAAAGAAAGAGCUGACUACUACGCGUCUCGUCACUAUUACGACAAAGCAAGGCUGAUACUAUACAUCAUCUGGGCAUCGCUGAUAGUGCUGAUGUUUGCCAUCAACCUUUACGUGUCCUUGGAUGUCAAUCUGGACUUUCACAACCCAAAGUGCCCUCAUCACCAUGCGUCUAAAAUACAACUCCGUGUUGUCAUAACUGAGUGCCUCUUUCUUUUCAAUGCCUUUGUCCUUGGCUACUUCGUAUUCAAGGUGUACAAGUCGCCAUCAGCAAAUGCAAUGCUUGAAACACAG